AAUUAAACCAAAUUAAAUUAAACUCAUUUUUCAAUCUGAUUGAAUCACACUCACACACACACAUCUUGAUGAAAAGGAAGAGGAAGAGUGUAUAAUAAAAAGCCCAAAAUGGACGUCCAAUUUCUCACAACAAGCCCUCACCUCUGCGCGUCGUCGUGUUGAUGCCCCAAAGCCCACACCACUUCACCAGAGGUCGCUUAGUCCCUUCUCUCUGUCUCUUCGAAACAUCACCAACGACAACCCCCAACACCAAAACGACCCUUUUUUCUUCUUCAAAUUCUAGAGAGAGAAACGCAACGCAACAACCCCAAUUGCUCCAUCCACACACACUGAGGGAACAAAACAAAACGAAACAAACCCAACCCUUCUCGUAUUCGGUUCCGUACGCGUUAGGUUUUAGGGCAAAUUCGCCUUCGUUGUUGUUUGGGGACCCCCCUUUGUCCAAAACCCUAGGAGAGAGGAAUUUCGACUCGGGACGCGCUUGAAUUGUGCCCUAGGUUUGCAUUUUCGCGCUCAGUGCGUGCUGCUUCUGUCUGGUCAAAGAUUCCCUUUCCUGUGCAAACAUUUUAAGAUUGAAAUUUUCUAGCAUGUAUCUCAAAAUGUUUUGGGCAAUUUGAUUAUAAGAUUCUUUGGUAGAUGAAAAGUGACACUCUUAGAUAUUAAGAGUGGGAUGCAUGGAUGUAACUCAGGAUCUGCUCUCCUUGUAAAUGCUGAGGUUGAUUCUAUGGGAGGUGUUGUUGAUGGCGGAGUUGGUAUUGGUUUGAAAACCUCUCCACGCCGAGCAGCAAUUGAGAAGGCUCAGGCAGUGCUCAGACUGGAGUAUGAUGCGCGUGAAGAAAGAAGAAGGGAACUAGAAUUUCUUGAAAAAGGAGGGAAUCCUUUGGACUUUAAGUUAGGGAAUGCUGCUUCAGUUAGUGUUCAGUCUACUUCACUCACUGAUCAGCAUCAGGAGCAGUUUGUGACCAGUGAAGCAAAAGGUAGUUUUGUAUUGACUGCCUCCCCUCAUGGUGACUCUGUCGACAGUAGUGCUAGACCAGGGGUCCCUUCUCUUAGUGAACCAAAUACUGCUGAUAACCUCUUGCUUUUUGAUGGUGAGAAUGAGUUGCUUGAAGGCGAAAAGAGGUCUCUACAUCCAAAUAAAAGUAAUAACAUUGCUCCUUCAGAGCAAUCUUCUCGAAUUGGUGGGAAUCAAAAUGCAAAGGAGACUGAAGAUUCUGCUAUUUUCAGGCCAUAUGCGCGGAGGAAUAGGUCCAAACCAAAUCAUGGUCCUCGUGGGGCUUCAAGGGAUGUGAAGGGAAUAAUAUCUGAUACAAACAAACAAAAGGACCACAAUGUUCUUUCUGUUUCUAAGCCAAAGCCUACAGGUUUAAAUGGCGAGGUACUUUCUAAAGAUACAACAUCUAAUAAUCCACUGGGCAAUGAGUUGGUUGGUGCCCCAGCUUGUCAAACAGCUAGUGGCAAUGCCAGUGUUCCUGAAGACAACUUGGAUAUUGGCAUGAAUAAAAACUUCAAAGAAGAUCAACGAAUUAUACCUUCUCAAGAUGAUAUUGUACAAAAUCCAGUUGUCUUGGCUUCUGGGGAAGCUAAAGCAGUUGGAGAAAGGGACCUGGGAAAUUCAGGUGAUCUUGAGCCUCCACCUUGUGCAGCUACUAAACAACCUGGAAAUGAAUCUUGUUCUGGUCAGCCAAAUGGAUUUGGAAACAUAAAAUUAGACAGGAAAGGUGUACCGAAUGGAGACCAAAAUUUCAGUGCUGCAUUAAGCAUGAAGAAUUUUGAUUCGGAGUCCUCUUGUGCACAAACUAGUUUAGCUAUAGAUGUAAAUAAUAAUAAUAAUAUGUGUAGUAAUGCAAAGAAUAUUGAUGCAAAUAAAAAUACAGUGGAACAAACAUCAGAAUUUGAGCAGAAGCUGUAUUUAACUGGCUGUGGAGUUGUAAAAGAAAGGAGUAAUACCAAUGCUGGUGAAAGUGGUGUUACUUCUAACAAUGAACAUGCUACUGGUUACGAAAACCAUUCUGGUAGUGGUAAUAUGGUCAAAAGUGAGGAAGGCAUCCAUACUAAUAGUCUUGGCAUGCAAAACAAGGUGAAAGAUUCUUCCAAUAUUAAAGGACCGCACCACAAUGAAAGUUCCGUAUCAAAUGCUGAUAAAGAGAAAAGUGUUGGCCUGAUGGGUCAUCCUAAUUGUAUCAGGGAAGACAACUGUGAAAGACUUAAAGUUCCUAUGGAUGUGUCAAUUUCAACAACUCAAACUGCUCCGGUUGAAAAGGUUGCUACUACUGCCUCUGACUGUCAACCAUGUUCUACACACAACUUGAAGUUAGCAGACAAGGCUCAUGAAGAUUCUAUUUUGGAAGAGGCUAAAAUUAUAGAGGUCAAGCGGAAGAGGAUUGCAGAGUUAUCUGUUCGCACAUUGUCCUCACAGAUCCAUAGAAAGUCUCGCUGGGGUUUUGUCCUCGAGGAAAUGACAUGGUUGGCAAAUGAUUUUGCACAGGAGCGUCUUUGGAAGAUAACUGCUGCCGCACAAUUGUCUCAUCAGGCAACUUUUACUUCUCGGUUAAGAUUUGAAAAACAAAGCAAACAUCUUGGGGUGAAAAUUUUGUCUCACAACCUGGCAAAGGCAGUCAUGCAGUUUUGGAAUUCAAUUGAGCUCCUUCUAGACAAUGAUGUUCCUGACUGUAACUGCAUUGAUGAUUCAGUCGAAUCUGGGAACAUUGAUUCAAAUGAAGCUUCUGGGGACAAGAGGAGCAAUUCGAAGAUGGUGCUGGAAACAAGCAAAUACCUGGAUGGACAAAAUCCCAGAAAACAGGUGGCACUUAAGGUGCAUAGUUAUGCUUUGAGAUUUUUAAAGGAUAGUAGAUCUCAGGGAAUUUCCAGUCAAGCAGAAGCACCGACAACUCCCGAUAAAAUAUCUGACUCGGGCAUUGUUGGCAUGUCAUGGGAUGAUCAUCUUACAGAAGAAAGCCUUUUCUAUACAGUUCCUCCUACUGCAAUGGAAGCAUACAGAAAGUCUAUUGAAUCUCAUUUUCUACAGUAUGAGAAAACUGGUAGUAGCAUUCAAGAGGAAGUUGAAACAUCUAUGUAUGAUGCUGCAACAGAGUUUGGGCUUGAAGAGAUUGCAUAUGACGAGGAUGAAGGAGAAACUAGCACUUAUUAUUUGCCUGGUGUCUAUGAGGCUAGCAGAUCAUCAAAAUCAUUUCAGAAAAAACACAAAAACAGGAUAAAGUCUUACAGUCAUAAGUCCAGUGAAAUUGGAACUGAUUUGCCUUACGGGCAUUAUUCAACUGGAGCUCAGCCAUCCGUGCUAUUUGGAAAAAGGCCAGCUAGUUUAAAUGUUGGGACAAUUCCAACGAAACGCAUGCGUACUGCUUCUAGGCAGAGAGUUGCCAGUCCUUUUGCUGUGAUCUCUGGGACGGCACAGGCUCAAGCUAAGACAGAUGCUUCUAGUGGAGACACCAAUUCCUUUCAGGAUGACCAGAGUGCUUUAAAUGUUGGAUCACUGAUCCAGAAAAGUUUGGAGGUGGAGUCAGUUAGAGAUUUUGAAAAGCAAGUACCUUAUGACUGUGGAGAAACAUCAGUUAAAACAAAGAAAAAGAAGCCCAAGAAUCUGGGUUCUUCAUAUGAUCAAGGAUGGCAAUUGGAUUCUGUUGUCCUGAGUGAACAGAGGGAUCAUUCCAAGAAGAGAUUGGAUAGUCAUUACUUUGAACCUAAUGGAAGUAGCGGUUUGUAUGGCCCGCAUAGUGUGAAGAAGCUGAAGACAACAAAACAAUCCUUUGAUAAUUUUGACAAUGUUGCUCCAAUAGCUAAUUCUAUUCCCUCCCCUGCUGCUUCACAAAUGAGUAACAUGUCCAAUCCAAGUAAAUUUAUUAGAAUCAUUAGUGGUGGACGAGAUAAGGGCAGGAAAGCCAAAGCACUUAAGGUUUCUGCGGGACAGCCUGGUUCUGGAAGUCCUUGGUCACUAUUUGAAGACCAGGCUCUUGUUGUCCUGGUGCAUGAUAUGGGUCCGAACUGGGAGCUUGUUAGUGAUGCCAUCAACAGUACUAUACAAUUCAAGUGUAUUUUUCGGAAACCAAAAGAGUGCAAGGAGCGUCACAAAAUUUUAAUGGAUAGAACUGCUGGGGAUGGUGCAGAUAGCGCUGAAGACUCAGGGUCCUCUCAGUCUUAUCCGUCUACACUACCUGGAAUUCCAAAGCAGGGUAGUGCCAGACAGUUGUUUCAACGUUUGCAAGGACCAAUGGAGGAGGAUACUCUGAAGUCUCAUUUUGAUAAAAUUAUCAAGAUUGGGCAGAAGCAACGUUACCACAGGAAUCAGAAUGAUAACCAACCAUUAGUACCUGUCCAUAAUUCGCAUGUGUUUGCUCUUUCCCAAAUCUGCCCAAACAACUUGAAUGGAAGUGUUUUGACGCCACUUGAUCUUUGUGAUACAAAUCAAACAAGCCCAGAUGUCUUGUCCCUUGGGUAUCAAGGCUCUCAUGCUGGUGGUUUACCAAUGUCAAAUCAUAGUUCUGUUUCAUCUGUUCAUCCUUCAGCUGGGCUAAAUUCAUCAAUUUCAUCAUCUUCUGGUAUGGGCCUUAGCCAUAACUUAUCAACAUCUGGUCCAUUGGCAGCCCCUGCCAGGGAUAGUAGAUAUGGAGUUUCCCGAACUCCAACUUUAUCAGUUGACGAACAGAAGAGAAUACAACAAUAUAAUCAGAUGAUAUCUAGCAGAAACAUGCCACAAUCUACCAUGUCUGUUCCUGGAUCUCUUUCAGGAAGUGACCUUGGUGGUGUGCGAAUGUUGCCUGGUGGAAAUGGUAUGGGGAUGUUGGGUGGGACUAACAGAAGCAUUAGGCCAGGGUUUCAAGGAGUGCCAUCAUCAUCUACGCUCAGUUCUGGAGGCAUGCUUUCUUCUAGUAUGGUGGGGAUUCCAAGCCCCGUAAAUAUGCAUGCUGGAGUUGGUGCUGGACAAGGAAACUCAAUGCUGAGACCUCGGGAGACUGUACAUAUGAUGAGGCCUGGUCACAACCAAGAGCAGCAAAGACAAAUGAUGGUUCCGGAACUUCCGAUGCAGGUCACACAAGGGAACAGCCAAGGCAUUCCUGCUUUUAGUGGGAUGAGUUCUUCCUUUAAUAAUCAGACAAUUCCACCACCUGUUCAGUCAUACCCAGGACAUGCCCAGCAGCCACAUCAACUAUCUCAACAACAGUCCCAUCUCAGCAAUCCCCAUUCUCUUCAAGGUCCAAAUCAUGCUACUAAUUCACAACAGGCCUAUGCGAUUCGAUUGGCAAAGGAACGGCACCUGCAGCAACAACAACAGCGAUAUCUGCAGCACCAACAACAGCAACAACUUGCUGCAUCGAGUGCUUUGAGUCCACAUGCUCAGGCACAGUCCCAGCUUCCUGUAUCAUCAACUCUGCAAAAUAGUUCACAAGCACAACCUCAAAAUUCAUCGCAGCAAGUAUCUCUUUCCCCUGUAACACCAACAUCCCCAUUGACUCCCUUGUCUUCUCAGCACCAACAACAGCAGAAACAUCACCUACCACAUGGUUUCAGCAGGAAUACUAGUGCUAGUGCAUUGCCUAAUCAGGCAGCAAAACAACGGCAGCGACAGCCACAGCAGCGGCAGUAUCCACAGCCUGGUAGGCAGCAUCCUAAUCAGCCACAGCAUGCACAGUCUCAACAACAGGCAAAACUUCUGAAAGGACUAGGAAGAGGAAACAUGUUGAUCCAUCAGAACAAUGCUGUGGAUCCAUCUCAUCUAAAUGGAUUAUCUGUACCUCCAGGAAGCCAGACUGUUGAGAAAGUGGACCAAAUCAUGCCCAUCAUGCAAGGUCAAAAUUUAUAUCCUGGAUCCAGUAAUCCAAAUCAACCAUCCAAGCCAUUGGUUCCUGCCCAUCCUUCAAAUCAUUCCCUGUUGCAGCAAAAGCUACCUUCUGGACCAGCAAACACUACAUUGAAACAACUUCAGCCAGUGGUAUCUCCUUCUGAUAAUAGCAUUCAAGGACAUGUUUUAUCCGUUACUGCAGGCCAUAUGACAUCACCUCCACAGCCAACUGUUGCUUCUAACCAUCAUCAACUUCCACUACAAUCUCAGCCACCGUAUAAGCAAAGUAAUCAAACUCAAUCAAAUGUUCAGAGAAUGUUGCAACAAAAUUGUCAGGUGCAGUCUGAGUCAUCAAGCAUGUCUCAAUCUGAUUCACCUAAAGUUGAUCAAAAUCCUUCAAACAGUGCUUCACAAGUCAGUACAAACACUGCAAUGUCUCCUGGUUGUAUGGAUGCAGCUAGUGUAACUGUUGUUCCUCCUAGUGCAUCUUCUCAGUGGAAAACGUCAGAAUCACCAUCUGAUUCCAAUGUGCCCAAUCCAGUUACUCAGGCAAGCUCUCUGGGGAGCACACCUAUUGGAAAUUCUGCUGGAAAUGAGCUACCAACUAUUAGUCAAGGGCUGGGCCCACAACAAUUAUCAACUAGCUUACCUUCCCGUGCACAUAAUUCUGGGGUGCAGUGGCAGCAGCAGCCACUGGCUCUUCAAAAACAAACUUCAUCUCAACCCAUCCAAUCUCAACAAUCAUGUCAGCAUUCAGAACAUCAGCAGCAGCAACAGGAGCAGGAGCAGCAUACGCAACCAGGGAAGAGCAGUUUGCUUAUCCAUCCACCCAAUUCUAAAGUGGAAUGAUGACUUGUAAUGGAUGAAGCAGCUGAGAGUGCUUGGUUCUGUCGGUUGGAAUCUGUAUGCCCUUUUGUCACCAUUGUACAGACGAAGCUGGUCGUCCAUGAGGGCUUUAGAAUAUGGAGAUAGAUAUCCAUUGUUUUGUGUAGGCUCUGUCAAAAGAUUAGGAAAAAUUGUAUUGGUAGGCAUGAUUACUUACUUCAUUCGUUUCAUAGGUCUUGUAUAUUACCACUGCUUUUUGAGGGUUUUCUACUAUUUUCUUUGGAAAGAGACGAAUAUAGAGGCAUGUGUACAGGGUCGUCUCUUCUUUCCUUGUAGCCCCCUCCUCAUUUUCCUUUUAUUUUUUCCUCGUUCUCCCUGCCCUUGCAGAGGAGCACUUUAUUUUUUGUUCUACUAGAUUAGUGAAUGUAUUAUUAACCUGUUAGAUAAUUGGGAUGGGAAUCAUUUUUAUGAGCAAAAGCCAAUUCAAGGUUUUGUGAAUACAAGAUUUCUGGUGUAUGCAUCUGCCAUUGGUGUCUGCAAACAAUUUUAUUUUACAGGUUUGUAACCAUUUUUAAAUGGGAUUAAGCCAGAGCUUAUCUUA